GCCCCGCCAGUUUGUAUAGGCGGCUGCGCGUGUAGCAUGUUGGUAGUUUAUGGAGUAUGCGCCGCCGUGUUUGCGAGAAGAGAAGCUGCUUUGCGGGGGGGAAAAAGAUCUGCACUUCGGCAGUCUCGCGAACAGAAUGAGCAACUCGGCGCUUCACUGUUCCGUACUCGGUUGCACGGACAACGCGAGGCCUCUACAGUCGAAACACAACGUUGCUCUGCAUCCAGCUCCACGCGACACUUGCCUUCGCCGCGUGUGGCUUCAACGUAGUGGCCUCCCGGGAGACUGCAAGCACUGCAACAACGCAGCAGUUUUCGUUUGUGGGCGGCACUUCGCCCCGGAUGACUAUGAGCGAUUGUACCAAAAAACGAAGUAUGCGGUUAAAGUGCGCCUGAAGUCGAAUGCUGUACCGACGCUCCUUCUUCCAAGCGAAGAGGCAGCUCGGUCCAACGCAUAUAAAGUGCAUACAUUAGGCAGUCGCGCAAAGACCGGACACCACCAUGUCGUCAAGGUCAAGGCCAGCACCCAAACUGAUGUGGUCACCCGUACCACCACUACGCAGACAAAAACUAAGAAACUAAGGAGCCAAGGUACAAACACGGGCCUCAAAUGGUGAUUCCGAGGAGAUGAACGGGCAGGGAAAAUAUUUGUCCAGCCAAUGCUGAAGAGGUGAGACCUCGAAGGGGCUCCACCGGAGGACAGCGAGCCACCAUCACGCUAGCACCUGCUGUGGCACACUGACUGUGAUACCUUGCCAAACGUCGACCACGUGGAACCAGCGGCCUGCUGGUGCUGCCCAAUGCUGCCAUCGUGAAGGUGGCACAUGAAGAGCGCAUACAAGAAAACUUCAACCAUUACAUUAUUUUCAACAUCAUUAAAGCAGUACUGACGUCGAAAUUUUUUUCCUUGUCACCUU